AUGCCAGCCCCUGAACCGAACGUCAAGUUUGUGCUUCUCGGAAACGAUGCAAAGGACAUUGUUGGGUAUACAGAGACCACUGCCGGUACAGGAGAGGUUGGCCGUGCGGAAUUUGCAGGCGGGGUCCAUUUGCUGAAGUACUUCAUCCAAGACUUGAUGAAACUGGAGCCCACACAACCCGAGCCUUUCGCAGGCGAGCCACAUUCCUACAUCGAGCUGUUCAAGGGCAAAAGGAAAGGCCACGAGGCAGAGACGUUUCGCGUUCGUCGCCAACUUCAUGUGCCUCAGAAUCCACCGGGUCGCAAGCAGAUGGUGGUUAACGAGGGUGGUAAGAAACCUGAAUUCUCGGUGGUGAGCCUCGAAGCCCGAGUCUCUGCAGAACGGGUUUCUGCAACUCGUGCCGAAUUGGAGACAUAUAUCAAAAAAUGCCCGGGUGUAUUGAUUUGGAAAUCGGGUUACAAGACAGUAUUGGAUCAGAAAACGGCCCUGUUAGAGAGAGAACACAGAGCAGUGAUUAUCCUUGAUGCCGACGAUCUCCGGAGAAACGGAGCCCGCAUUAGUCGCCAUCUAUCCUGGUCUAAGACCGCGGAGGAUUUUGCCUCUUAUACGGCAACUGAGUGUUUCUUCACUGAGUUGGUCAGUAAGAAAAACCCGUCCCUUCAUCUCAUUGUCCGUUUUGGUUGCGACGGUGCCAUCGAUUACAAAUACGACGAGACCACAGAAGAGGCCGCCCUCAACCUCUAUUGCAUCAACCCAGAGUUUGCAGAAGGAGACUAUGUGGCCGCUCAUUCCGGGCCAAUGAUUGGGGCAGCAACUGCCUUUACCGCAGGACUCGCGGUUCAACUGGCCACGGACUCUACUCUGAGUAGGGACUUGGAGCUCAGCAUGGGGGAUGCGAUCAAAAAUGGGCUAAAAAAGGCAUGCCAGUUGGUCUCGGCCGGAUUUAUUCCAAUCAGCUCAGGUGGCAUCCUGUCCUUUAGUUACCCGAAGAUCUCUGGGGAUGAUAUCCCGAGCCAAUUUAAACCGUUGAAGCCGUUGCUGGUUCCUAGUUCGGCAUCCGCCGACUCGAGCUUUCUGACCAGCCAAUGUCCGGAUGAGGAAACGCUCUUUAAGCUGGCAAGGACGAUUACCGAGUCGGGCACAGAAAAGGGACUGACUGAAGUCCCCGUGGCGAGGUACGGUAAAUUGUGUACAGCAGACCGCCAGGAGAUGGAGAGCUUUCGGGCCAUUUCCAACCUAGUUGAGGAGUACAUGAACGGAACACCAAGCAAGCCUCUCUCAAUUGGAGCCUUUGGUCGACCUGGAUCAGGAAAGUCAUUUGGAGUGAAGGAGGUGAUUGCCGAAGUGGCCAAGCGCCAGGGGAAGGAAGUCGAGGAGCUGGAGUUCAACCUGUCUCAGUUUCUGGAAUACGACGAUCUGUUAGCUGCAUUCCAUACUGUGCGCGACCAGAGCUUUUCCAAAAAGAUGCCGCUGGUCUUGUUCGACGAGUUUGACAGUUUCUUCCAGGGCAAGCCCCUUGGCUGGUUGCAAUACUUCCUUGCCCCGAUGCAGGACGGCAAGUUCCUGGAACGGGGCAUGCAUCGACCUCUGGGGCCCGCCAUUUUUGUUUUCAUCGGAGGCACCUCUCCGACCUUUGAAAACUUUCGCGAGACUCUUCACACCCCCGAGGCUGUGGCUGCAAAGAAGCCCGACUUCGUAAGUCGCCUGCGCGGCUUUGUCAAUAUCUGGGGACCCGACAAAAUCGAUGAACAUGAUAAAACCUAUCCCGUCAGGCGAGCAAUCAUUUUGAAUUUCCAACUCAGCCGUCUUCUAUCGCGGAAUGAUGAAAAGCUCAACGUCAACGAGAAUGUUCUGCGAGCACUGCUGCGUGUUUCUAGCUUUCGCCACGGCAACCGAUCACUGGAAAGUAUCCUGCAUAUGAGCCGCAUUGCGAAUCGUGACCAGUUCGAACUGGCUGCUCUACCCUUGGACCACCAGUUGGAUCUCCAUGUGGACGCCACGGAGUUUGGAGAGUGGCUGUUGAACUGUUGGGCAGAAAACGAACAUGUCAGAAAGACGAUUGCCCAGGUCCUUAAGAAGGAGUAUGUCAGUCUUUCCCACAGAAACGGAUGCCUUGGGGAUAGUUACAGCCGAUUUCCGUCCCUGUCAUGGCAACAAGAUGGUGAAAGCUUGAGACUGUACGAGCUGGAAGCAGAGGAAUUAGCCCAGCUGGUGGCAAAGGAAAUUCUGCUGAUCGAGAACGACGGCAGGGCCAAGAAAUUGAAGAAGGCUCAAGAUGAGAUAUUACCAGAGGCGGAGUACACAGUUAGGUCUGGACGUAUAGCUGAGGCUAUCCAUGCCCGACUGCAGUUGAUCAGGGCAAAGCGAGUCCCCCCAGCAGUACCCAUACCGCCCUGGUCACAGGUUAAGAAAGACAGUAUAUAUUACGACCUGGCCAAGAGUACUCUGUCGAUUCUCAGAGUUAAACGAUCAACCUGA